CUCUGAAUCAUGGUAAUGAUUGAUGGAGAUGAUCUGAGACCAAAACCCGAUGAGAGAGAGGAAAGGGGACCCCGGAAGAGGAGAAGGAGGGGGGUUCAUGAUUGGACCACUGCCGACCAGAGCGCGCCCCGACGUCUCUGUUUCGCGGGCGAGGCAGAGUACACUACAAUUCAGAACCCCCUGGUGGUCACAACAACAACAACAACAACAAAAACAACCCCCUCCUCCCUCCCCCUCCCAACCAAUUCUUCUUGGCCGCAGGGAAAUAAAUCCCCCGGCCAACAGCCCGGCCGCCGUUGAUUCCGGUUCUCCGCCCUCACGACUCGGCUUCGGCCCGGACCCCCUUUCCCUUUUGGUUCUACCUCCGUAUUCGUCCGUCCGACCAUCGCCGAGCUCGGAGGAGGAGCACGGGUGACAAC